AUGCUGCAGCGGCUGCGCUCGUCCCUGCGCCUAGUGCCUGUUGGUGGCUCUCCCAUCGUACCUCUGUCGCCCGCCACGCCGAACUGCAACCCCAGGCUCUCGGGACCCGCGGUGCGCCACGUGUCGCCGCUGUGCCACGUAUUCCCACGCGCCCGCAGCUUCGUCAUGGCCUGCUUGUCCCGAGAAACUGCAACCCUGGCUCGUCAGGACUGCAGUAAUGGAUGCUCGGCGCCGUUUGCUGGAGAAAGAGGAUCAGAAGAAGUGGCCGAGACUUUUAGGGCCAAAGAUCUCAUCAUCACACCAGCCACCGUCUUAAAAGAGAAGCCCGACCCCAGCUCACUGGUCUUUGGAGCUACGUUUACUGACCACAUGCUGACGGUGGAGUGGUCCUCCGCAUCUGGAUGGGAGAAACCUCACAUUAGGCCUUUUGAAAACUUACCCAUGCAUCCCGCUGCCUCCGUUUUGCACUACGGCGUAGAGCUGUUUGAAGGCUUGAAGGCUUUUCGGGGAGUUGAUAAUAAGAUCCGAUUGUUCCGGCCGGACCUCAACAUGAAAAGAAUGUGCCGAUCCGCUGUGAGGACCACACUCCCGAUGUUUGACAAGGAGGAACUUCUAGAAUGCAUUCUACAGCUUAUACAGCUAGACCAAGAGUGGGUCCCCUACUCCACCUCUGCCAGUCUCUACAUCCGCCCCACGUUUAUCGGAACUGAGCCAUCUCUUGGAGUCAAGAAGUCUUCCAAAGCCCUGCUCUUUGUGAUCCUGAGCCCCGUGGGACCUUAUUUUUCUAGUGGAUCCUUCACUCCAGUGUCCCUGUGGGCCAAUCCAAAGUACGUCAGAGCCUGGAAAGGUGGGACUGGAGACUGCAAGAUGGGCGGCAAUUAUGGAGCGUCCCUUUUGGCGCAGUGCGAAGCACUGGAGAACGGCUGUCAGCAGGUCCUCUGGCUGUACGGCACGGACAACCAGAUAACUGAAGUAGGCACAAUGAAUCUUUUCCUCUACUGGAUAAAUGAAGACGGAGAAGAAGAGCUGGCAACGCCCCCACUAGAUGGCAUCAUUCUCCCGGGAGUGACCAGGCAGAGCAUCCUGGAGCUGACACAGCAGUGGGGUGAGUUUAAGGUAUGCGAGAGACACCUCACCAUGGGUGACCUGGCCACCGCCCUGGAGGGGAACAGAGUAAAGGAGAUGUUUGGCUCAGGGACAGCCUGCGUUGUCUGCCCAGUUUCAGAUAUUCUGUACAACGGCCAGAUGCUGCACAUCCCAACAAUGGAGAAUGGCCCUAAGCUUGCAAGUCGCAUCCUGGAAAAGCUGACUGAUAUCCAGUAUGGAAGGGUCGAGAGUGACUGGACAAUCGAGUUACCCUGAUGGACAGACUCAGAGUAUCAGUGACGGGGCGCCACAGAAGACCGAC